AUGGAUAUCAUUAAAUUUGGCGGUUUAUCAAUAUCAAAUGUGGUUGCUAACAAGAGUCUUCAUCUUUAUGACAAUUACGAUUUGAUAAUGCCGCAUUUUGUCAAUCAGCGCCAUAUUGAUUACAAUAUCGGCGAAGAAAAUGGACUUCCGGUGCACGUGGGCCAUGGAUCGUUUGGUGAUGUGUUCCGGAUCCGGUUCACGGAUGGACGGUGUUCAGACACGAAAAUAUGUAUCAAAGAAUUCACAGAGAAGCAUGGAUCCAAAACAGAGGCAAUUGAAGAGGCAAGAAAAUUGUUAUAUCUUUCCGACACCGGAUAUGUACCGGUAUGUUUUGGACUUGUAGAAUUCACAAACCAGGCAAGAAACCAAGACAGCUUUGGUAUUAUUCAAGAAUUUAUCGGUGAAGGACAGACUCUUCAUAGAUUUUUGCGCCAAAGUAAAAACAAAAUAAGCAAAGCUGAUUGGAUCAGCAUAGCGUUUCAACUGGCACGUGGACUUGACAAAUUCCAUGACAAACGCAUACUUGUCAACGAUAUCAAGGCAAACAAUAUUGUUAUGUAUACCCGUAAGCAAGGUCAAAGAUUAAAAUACAUAGACUUUGGACUAGCUUCUUACCGUUCUGGGCGCGCCUUUCAUCCCCCAUCAGAAAAACUGGCGCGUUUGCGCCAUUUGGCACCGGAAGUUCGAAAGGGGUUUCGAACAAACGAAACAACAGAUGUCUAUAGUCUAGGCUGCCUUUUGAGACAGAUCAACGUGUACGGAAAUAUCAAAGAUCUCCUGCUCAUCAGUCAUAUGUGCACACGAGAUGCGCCAAAGAUGAGACUUUCGGCACAUGCUACUAGACUCCUGAUUGAAAACAUAGUAGAUGAGUGA